UGCAGUCUGUGCGCAGAGAGGGAGCGAGGGACACCUGAACACUCCACAUUUCUCCUUUUGGGAUUUCCCGCGGGGAGUGAUGAACUCCAUCGACCCCCAGUCCCAUCACCAGCACCAGCACCACCAGCACACCACCUCCCCUACCGUCGGCUCUCUACCACCCAAAGGCGCCCAGGAGGCCCCGGACAUGGCCGCUGUUUACUGCGACAACUUCAGCAGCAUGUACCACCAGCAGAGUCUGCAGGGCGCGCAGAGACCCGCGGGGUACGGCAUCGGGGAUUACGCUCCGUCUCCAAACCCGUACCUGUGGCUCAACGGGCCGGGCGUCAACUCCUCCGCGUCCUACCUGCACGGAAACAACACGGCCACCUUCAUCCCGUCCUCCUACGGCUCCCAGCGGCAGUUCAUAACCAACUCACCUGGCUUCGGGGGGCCGGACCUGGGCUGGCUGUCCGUCGCCAGCCAGGAGGAGCUGCUGAAGCUGGUCCGGCCGCCGUACUCGUACUCCGCGCUCAUCGCCAUGGCCAUCCAGAACGCACACGAGAAGAAGCUGACCCUGAGCCAGAUCUACCAGUACGUGGCGGACAACUUCCCCUUUUACAAGAAGAGCAAGGCCGGCUGGCAGAACUCGAUCCGCCACAACCUGUCUCUGAAUGACUGCUUCAAGAAAGUGCCGAGGGACGAGGACGACCCAGGAAAAGGAAACUACUGGACGUUGGACCCGAACUGUGAAAAGAUGUUUGAUAACGGGAACUUCCGCAGGAAAAGGAAAAGACGCUCCGACCCGAGCGGCGCCGGAGGAGCAGCAGCAGCGGGAGCGUCAGGAGCCACUAAAGUGGAGGACGGCAGACCGUCGGCGGGGGGAGCGGGGGCGGGGGGCCCCCUGAAGCCGUCAGACAGUCCUCAGCUGCUGGGGCCGUCCUCGCCGGAGAUGGAGGCCAUGAACGAGAACCACAAGGGCUCGUCGUCCUCCUCGCCGCCGGGCCUGUCCUCGAGCGCCCCCUGCUUUAACAACUUUUACAGCAGCAUGUCCUCGCUGGGCUCCGGGGGCCCCGGCCGGCAGGGGUCCCUGGGACUGGUGAACGAGCUGUCGAACAGGAACAUUACGGCCCUGAGCCCGUACCACCUGAACCACGGCGGGCAGGACGCGGGGCCUGCCGAGCACGGCGAUGGCCUGCACUUUAACCGUGGAGUGUACUACAACACGUUUGGCGGCGGGCAGGGCGGACAGUUCAACGGUCACUUCUACAACAGCUUCAGCGUCAACAGCCUGAUUUACCCGCGGGAAGGGAGCGAGCUAUAAGGACGUCGCGCCGUUUCUAGAGACCUGCUGCUGCCCGGUGAAUCCAUCUGAAACACACAAAACACUGCAAAAAAAAAAGUCAAAUCUGAUCACGUCUCAUAAGCCACAUUCACCUCACAAGUCCUGAUAAACUGCGGAUUUUCAAAAUAAAACAGGCAAAAAAAAAAAAAAAGUCUUAAAUUGCUUGUUAUGAGCAGAACUGGCAACCCGUGCAGCAAGAGAACCGCACAGGUGAAGUUUAUUGGAAUAUAAUAAUUCUGAUAAUGAGCACAUCAGGCCGUGUUUGUGUUUUUCUCUUGAGAUUAGAUUUACCUGGACGCUUCAGGUGAACGUGGCUGUGAGUAAGUGUGUGUGAGGAGAUAUUUUGACUUCAACGCUCUGGUUAAGAUUUUGUGUUUUUCGCAGUGAAAGUAAAAGUUCAGUCACUGUCAGAGAAGUCACAGGCCCCGGUGCAUGCUGGGUAAUUUCCUCCUCUCUGCAUCGAAAAACACUCCUCCUUCCUUCACCCGUCGGUCCAGCGGAGAGAUUACAGAUGAUUGAACUCGACACACAGAAAAAAAAGAGCACUUAAACUUUUUAACUCUUUUAUUUUAACGACUAUAUCAAAGCUUCUACUUUGCUCUUAACGCUUAGAAACACACAACGCAAAGUACAAAACCACUGAACACUCUUUUGUAAUAUUUGUAACAUCUAUUUUUUUAGAUUUUCUGCAGGAUCUUUUCCCUCCUCCUCUCUCGUCAUUGUUAAAGAUGUCACUCACCGUGCACGUCUGCAAGCGUUGCCAAAACGGAGCCCAAAUUCCGAGCUGAUUUUUGUUACGCCGACUCAGCUUUUAUUCUGCCAAAGUUGCCUUUGUGAUGCCGCCAUUACCUCAAAACGUGACAAUCACACGAGAGACAGAGAGCGCCGCCGUGUCUCUUUAAUGCAGUAACAAAUUAGUUUCACAUGAAUAUGACCCUUUCUGCCUUAUUUUUUGAUACCCUCCAUGUCGACUGAAAACGCAGCACUUCUGCAACUUGUAAAUACACGUUGGACUUUCUCAAAAUUGUAUUUUUUGUAAAUUAUAAAGACGGUUUUGUGAUUAUUUAUGCUAUUUAUGCUAACAGGCUUUUUGUUUUCUACUGUUGUCUGGACGUAGUUUUUGAUUCAAGCGAGAAGUGAAUAUUAGUUUAAAAAAAAAAAAAACAUGCCGAGAACAGUAUGACAGAAACACAGAUGUCUUAAAUAUAUGAAUAUAUAUAAAUAUAAAUCUAUAUGCUAUAUACGAUGGUUUCUCUCAGGAUUCAGUGUGACAAACAUUGAACGGCUUUUGUAUCUAUUUUUGUCCUUUUUUUAAAAAAUCUUUCUACAGUGCAUACA